GUAACGUUUGGUCGGAGCGCUGAUGUGCCCACGCAAAACUUUUUAAGUCCAGGGUUAUAGACGAAGAAAGCGAGAGUGGUUUUAGUGUCAAAAUAUGGGUGUUGCGAGAUAGUGUGGACCGAAGAAUGCGCGUGCGGGGUUCCGGAGACCGGCGAUCGGCAGAGGGUUGUCGUUACGUGAACGAUACGCUUUUGUUUGUGACGUCGUCGGACUUUAGCCCGCUGGAAUGUUUCACAUCGUAGCGAAAAUUUUUAAACUCGGCAUCUGACAGUUCCGUCGAUGAAACCAGCGCGAACGUAGUAUAAGCGUUAUUCUUUGAUGAUGGCAAGGCGGGUAGGAAAAAAUCACUACGUCGCCUCGCCGUUGAGACACGCGGAGUCCCCGACACCGGUCCACGUGACCAGGAGCUCGGCUUACUCCGACGGAGAGGACAGCCACAGAGCGUUGUCGGAAAGAACCCUAUCGGAAUAUACCUCCGUGCCAUAUACGAUAGUAAACGAACGAAAUGGUAAAACACCGUACGCUACUGGGAGUAGCCCCCGUCAAAACGGUUACAAAUCAUCCCCGAGAGCUCCGUCAGCCCUUAGCCGGAGCAGUCGAUAUGACGAUAACGGUUCGGAUAUCUACGUCACUAGCGGUGCCUACAAAGCUCCGUCCGAAGUUAGUCGGAGUUCGCGGCCGAGGGCGCCGAGCAGAUAUUCGUACAGGUCAGGGGCGGCUCCAUCAGUGGCCAGUAGAAGCAGCACAGUAAAAACCGGAAGGACUUCGCGUAAGGGGGGCGUGACUGUCGAAGCGAUGGCCGCCCCGAACCCCUUCUGCCCCAACAUCAAGGGAAUGUGCUGUUUGAUGUUGCUGCUCAACCUGGGAAUCAUUCUGGUCACUUUGGGUUUUGUGAUCGUGAUUCAGUUUUUUGAGCCGCUAUUCGUGUGGGUGCUGGGAAUAAUUUUCUUGAUAUUCGGCUUCUUAACCCUCAUCGGAAGCUUAAUCUACUGCGUCGUGAUAUGUCGGGACGUCAAGUCUCCAAGUGAAGUCAACCCCGACGAAUUGUAUUGGACGCAUCAUUGGUCGAAAACGAUCGGGGCUUCCCCGGAAAUUCAUUACAAAACCGAAGAAAAAUACGGCGACGACCAUUACAGCGACGGCUACUCGAUUGGUAAAUUGUCGGGGAAGUAUUCGGACAAGGAUCAAAAGAGCCGUUACUGACGGAUUCACGU